AGCCUUUUUCGACGGCAGGUUUUUCCUUGGAAUUAAUCCAGCUGUUGUUGUCUUCAAUUUUGAUUCUUAGAAUUUCCCUGCCCUGUUUCAAUGUCUACAAAAUCUUUCUCCAAUCUCCCAACAGAACUGCUGCACGAAAUUUUCACGUACCACUCUAUCGACUUGGAUCAUAUUUUAUCAUGUGCAUCGGUCUGUGUCUCCUGGCAAUAUGCCGCUCGAUUACUCUUUUUACGCUAUCCCGGACUCAAAUCCAACGCUCUAUUAGUAUUGCUUCCGUCGGAGAAUCAAACAGGCCGGCAAUGCUGUCGGAUCUACAACUAUUGGUCCCACAAAAUCCACAGGAUUUUUCUACCACAACUCCAGGGAGGAUGGUAUACCGCAUCCUCUCCUGGCUGGCUUCUCACCGUUGCCAAUCAAGCCAUUCAUCUUUUAAAUCCCAUCACCAGCGCCACCGUUAAGCUUCCUCCUGAGAAACGAUUCAGGAGGCCGGAAAUCUUCCGGAUGAGUUCCAAGAAGCCGGAGUUUACGAGGGUGAUCACCUCCACCAUUCCGACGGAUCCUCUCUGCAAAGUCCUGGCCAUCCACCCCGGUAAACACGGACACAGUUUUUCCUUUUGCAGAACUGGGGAUCAUGCAUGGAUCAGAAUAAACAACUUCGUGGGACGGUGUUCCGAUGCAGUAUUCUACAAGGGUGACAUCUACGCCAUUGAUUUUUAUGGUUACAUCUGGGUUAUUCAACCUACCGUCAACAGCUUUCAGAAAGCAGUGAAACUGAGUGUAGAACCAGUCAAAGAGGGAUGCCAAUGCUAUUACUUGGUGGAGGUGAAGGGUGAUCUGUUGAUGGGGGUGAAGAAACAAUGUUUACUUAGUGCUUGUUAUAUUUACCGAAUGGAUUGGGAGAAGAAAUCAUGGGUUUGGAUGAAAGAGUUGGAUUUUGACAUCUACUUGGGGCGUUUUUGUUCCCAUUGGGAGGUUCGUCGAUCCGUGUCAGACUUCUUCUUCCUAAAUGAUGCCCCUCCGACGUUCGCUUCACCGCCAGAAUCUUGCUGUGCUGUAGGACGCUACCUUCCGCGUUUUGGGAAGUUUGGGGAGAUUCAUGCGGGGGCAUUCUCUGCUUAUUAUGAUCCACCAACACAAGAGGCAGUAGAAGCGAUAAGCACCGCAAAUUGGAUUUCAUGGUAUAGGCUAGAUAUAUAGUACCCUGUUUCUUGCAGCCAUAGAAGCCAAAGUACAGUGUUUCUUGAGUUAUUACCAACAUUGCAUAAUUAUGCCAUGCAUAAUAUAUAUCUAAUCUAUCA